GGAUAACCACUUGAACACGUUCUAUCCAAUUCUUAAAAGCUGAAUUUAAAGUUUAGCCAGUAUAGAGGGGCCUAUCUUAUCUGAGAAGCUUCUUACCUGUUCGAUAAAAUGCCUCAAAGAAAAAACUUGUUCAACCAACAUUCUUGAUUCAUGGGAAUCUUCAAUUUACUGUAAUAAUUUACCAUAAAGAUUCAAAAUUUGGAAAUAAUGGUAGUGUUACAGUGUAAUCCAACUUCUCCAUUUACAGAGCUAUGGCCAACUAAAGUUACAACUACUACUUAUACCUCCAGUUUUGUUAGCUCUACUGCUGUUUCUUUCAGAUUUUCAAGAAGAAUCAAUAUGGGGUAUUGUUCUUUUCAAAGAAUUUUUAGAAGGGGUAGUGUAGUUAGCUUAAGGAAAGAUGAUUUUUGGGAAGAUCCUGAUGAUGGUAGUGAUAGUGAAGAUGAUGAUGAUGAAGAAGAAGUUGUUGAGAGUAGUUUGGAAUAUGGAGAUGAAAAUAAAGUAAUGGUUAAUUCUACAAAUGGGAUGUCUACUAGUGAAGAGGAGUUUGUGAAAGAGGUUGAGCAGCUUUUAACCCCAGAGGAAAGGGAAAUUUUGUAUCGCAAUCAAACUCCAGCGCUGGAUAAGAUAUCAACGGAAAAAUGGAACCCUCUUCACACUUUUGCACUAGCAGGGCAGAUACGGUUUAUGGAUAAACUUUUGGAGGAGGGUCUUGAUAUUGAUGUUGUUGACAAGGAAGGACAAACAGCUCUUCACCAUGCUGUUUUUGGUAAAAAAGAGGCUGUUAUCAGUCAUCUUCUAAGAAAAGGCGCGAAUCCUCAAGUUAGGGAUACGAACGGUAUCACCCCGCUACAUUAUGCAGUUCAAGUAGGAGCUAUGCAAACUGUUAAAAUGUUGAUCAAAUACAAGGUUGAUGUGAAUGUUGCUGAUAAUGAGGGUUGGACGCCAUUGCACGUAGCCAUACAAAGCAGAAACAGAGAUAUAGCGAAAAUUCUUCUAGUCAAUGGAGCAGAUAAGUACAGAAAGAAUAAGGAUGGAAAGACUCCCCUUGAUAUUAGCCUUUGUUAUGGCAAAGAUUUCAAGUCUUAUGAUCUGGCCAAGUUACUGAAGCUUGUUCCUGCUAAUACAGAACUUUGAUUAUAGCUUCAACAAUUUACGCGCCGUUCCAAGAGAGAGAAUAACAAUGUUGACAUUGACAUCUUAACUCAUGUUAGCAGAUUCUUCUGUAUUUCUUCGUCGAACAAAGAAGAGAACAAUCAAUUCUAGUCGAAGAGGAAGUUCUUAAAUGUGUCAAUUACUAUAAUACUCUAUUUUCUUAUGAUAUAUACAUGUCCCAGUGCUGAUUUUAGCACACUA